ACUGACAGAUGAUUCACCUUCAGACUAAAACCACCACUUCCACUGAGAGAGGACAUCUACAGGAGGGAAUACUGGAAUACUACCACUUCAACCAGCUGCUGAAUCCACAAACUGAACCAGAGUUUUACAAGAACAAAGUCUCAAAGUGAAAGUAACUUUCAGGGAACAGGAAGUGGCUGAGCCGUCUGCCUGCUGUGUUUUCAGCUUCACUCAGAGACUAAAUGGCUUCCAGAUUAGAGGACGAUCUCUGCUGUUCUGUCUGCCACGACAUCUUUAAAGAUCCUGUCAUCCUGUCAUGUAGCCACAGCUUCUGUAAAGUCUGUCUGCAGAGCUGGUGGACAGAGAAACACGUCCAAGAGUGUCCACUUUGUAAGAGAAGAUCUUCAAAGGGCUUACCACCUUCUAACUUAGCUUUAAAGAACCUGUGUGAGAGUUUGUUACAGGAUAGAGCUCAGAGAGCUUCAGAGGCUCUCUGCAGUCUGCACUCUGAGAAACUCAAACUCUUCUGUCUGGACCAUCAGCAGCCGGUGUGUCUCAUCUGCAGAGAUUCAGAAAAACACACUGACCACAUAAUCAGACCCAUCGAUGAAGCUGCACGACAACACAAGAAGAAACUUCAGGAAACUCUGGAGCCCUUAAAGAAGAAGUUAAAGGUUUUUGAAGAAGUUAAAGUGAAGUUUGAUCAAACAGCAGAACACAUGAAGGUCCAGGCCCAACACACAGAGAGGCAGAUUAAGGAGCAGUUUAAGAAGCUUCACCAGUUUCUAGAAGAGGAAGAGGAGGCCAGGAUGGCUGCACUGAGGGAGGAAGAGGAGCAGAAGAGUCAGAUGAUGAAGGAGAAGAUGGAGGCUGUGAGCAGAGAGAUAGCAGCUCUUUCAGACACAGUCAGAGCCACAGAGGACGAGCUGAGAGCUGAAGACGUCUCAUUCCUGCUCAACUACAAGGCUGCAGUGGAAAGAGUCCAGCAGCGCCCCCUGCUGGAGGAUCCACAGCUGCUCUCAGGAGCUCUGAUAGACCAGGCCAAACACCUGGGCAACCUGACCUUCAACAUCUGGAACAAGAUGAAGGACAUGGUCUCCUACACUCCUGUGAUUCUGGACCCAAACACUGCUCAUCCAAGACUCAUCCUGUCUGAAGAUCUGACCAGUGUGAGACGAGGAGAGAAACAGCAGCUUCCUGAUAAUCCAGAGAGGAUUGAUGAUUACUGGUCUGUCCUGGGCUCUGAGGGCUUUAACUCAGGGACUCACAGCUGGGACGUCCAGGUUGGAGACAGUACAUACUGGGGACUGGGUGUGUUAGCAGAGUCUGCCCAGAGGAAGAAAUACAUAGGGUCUGGAUUAUCGACAUUAUGGUUCAUAGAUGGUGAAUACAGAACAUUCCCCCCACCAAGUUCAUCCACUGAUCUCGUAGUGCAGAAGAAGCUCCAGAGGAUCAGAGUGAAUCUGGACUGGAACAAAGGAAAGCUGUCGUUCUCUGAUCCUGAUACUAACACACACAUACACACCUUCAAACACACUUUCACUGAGAGGAUGUUUCCAUUCAUUAGCACUAUGGAUGAACUGAAGGUUUUACCAGUGAAGGUCUCUGUGACUGUAGGACAACAGAAAUAGAUGAUGAUGAUGAUGAUGAUGAUGAUGAUGAUGAUGAUGAUGAUGA